AGCCACUGGCUGUCUUCAAGAAGGCACUGGACAGGCACCUAAAGUCAGUACCUGACCAACUUGGCUGUGGUUUGUACGUCAGUUUGCUUGCUGACAGCAGUAACAGUCUGGUUGAUCAGGCCCUGAUCCAUCACGAGGCCUGGUCUCAGACUGAGCCAUGGGGGCAUUGACCCCGAAGCCCUCUCCAGGUAAACUCCAGAUCAAUCUUACAACAGAAAAAAUUAAUACUUUGGCUUUCCAGCAGCUGGUGUUUUAAAGCCCAUGCAAGUGGCAGAAAUAUUGCAGGUUAAAAGUUUUACCAAUCUAUUUAAUGAAAUGCACCACACUGUCAGAAAUACUACAUUCUGAGUGUUAAACCUUUGUAUCUUAGUUCACUUCAACAUUAUUGGUUACAUCAAAAGCUUCUAGAUGGAACUUCAGUAAUAACUUUAACAUGAAAUACGUAAAUCAUUUACAUUAUGAACAUCUGUAAUGUUAAAAUUAUAACAACUAUUGAUAUGAACAUAAAUAACAAAUUAUAUUUUGAUAAAUUAUUAUUAAAUCUUUAGUAAAACUCUAAUAAAUCAUAAGUAAGUUAAUGAAGGUGGAAAAAUAUCAGUGUUUAAAAGGCUUUCACAGAGUGUAUAGCAAGUAUGCUAUCACAAAUGAGAGCUCAUACAACAGAAAAAGUAUGGUCAUGUUCAGAGUGUUUUAAAGACUUCUCAUGUAAAUCAAGUCUUUUAAGACACAUGACAAUUCAUACAAGAGGGAAACAGUAUCAGUGCUCAAAAUGUGUUAAAGACUUUACACAUAAGUCACAAUUAUUAAUACAUAUGAGAAUUCAUACAGACAAGAAUCCAUACAGGUGCUUGCAGUGUCUAAAAGACUUUUCAAAAAAAUCACAUCUAAUAGAACACAUGAAAGUUCAUACUGAAGAGAAACCCUAUCAGUGUUCUGUGUGUCUGAAAGAUUUUAAACAUAAAUCAAGUGUAUUAACACACAUGAAAAUUCAUACAGGAGAGAAACCAUAUCAGUGCUCAGAGUGUCUUAAAGACUUUUCUCAUAAAUCAUAUAUGUUAUCACAUAUGCAAUUUCAUACAGCAGAAAAAUCAUGUAAGUGUUCAGUGUGUCUAAAGGACUUUUCAUGCAAAUCAAGUCUACUAAGACAUAUGAGAGUUCACAGUGGUGAGAAACCACAUAGAUGUUCAGUGUGCCUAAAAGAUUUUUCACGUAACUCUAAUCUGUUAGCACACAUGAGAGUUCAUACAGGAGAGAAACCAUAUCACUGUCCUGAGUGUCUAAAAGGCUUUUCACAUAAAUCGCAUUUAAUGCUACAUAAAAGGAUACAUACAGGAGAGAAACCAUUUAAGUGUUCCGAGUGUCAAAGAGGCUUUUCACGAAAAUCAUAUCUAAUAACUCACAUGAAAAUACAUACACGAAAUAAACUGUAUGAGGGUUCACAGAGUGUAAAAGACUUUUCACAUAAAUCAAAACUAUUAAAAUCUGUGAGAAUUCAUAAAGAAGAACAUAUCUGCAUUUAGAGUGUUUAAUAGACUAAUAAAAAUACAACUAAUGAAACACGUGAGAGUUUACAAGAAUCAAAUUUGUUAAUGGAAAUGGAAAAGUGAUAACAAAUUGCAUGAACAAUAUAGAUUGUGAUAAAUUAUUAAUAGGAUAGGGAUGUAGGAUUAAUUAUUGAGAAAAGAUUGUCACUAGAUUUUCAUAAAAUAAAAUUAUAAUAAACUUGUAUGCUUCA